AUGGGGAGGUCUCAAGUAAAGUAUCGCUCGUCGCGCGGACGUGGGGUCAACAGCAAUAGCGGAAGGGACCGUACUGGACCAGGUGAUCGGAAUCGUGCUCGACCCUUGGACAAUCUUGGCUCAAAUGCCUAUCGCUUCGAAGAGACGCAAGACGUUGAGCAAGUGGCAGAUCACGCGUUUGAAAGCGAGCGCACGCAGUUCUUUGCAUCGGAGCAGAACUACCGAGACACGACGGGGUCAGUACCGUCUGGACACUUUCGGAGUCGCGUGAUGGAGCAGUGGGAGCAGAAAGACGACAGUGCAGACGACGUUGGAGCUGUCGGAGUGCUGAAUUUGGACUGGAUCGCCUCGCAAUUGGAGCUUGUGUCUCCAGACAUUCGCUACCGGAUCGACCCUAAAUACUGUACUGACUUUCCAUUCAAGUCACUGGACCGUCGUAGUGAGUCUGAUCAUGACGUUGCGACUGAUGGACCGAGUGCGGUGGCUCCAGCUCUGCCGAAAGCUGCACACCACGACAACGAGCUCGACGUUUUGCUCCAUCUCAGUGCGUCAACAACACCCAGCGGGGUUCAACAGACUCCUCCACCGCCACUUUUCUCGUCAGAACCAGCACGCACAACUCCGGCAGAAACGGAGCAGCUCGAAGAGUGGCUGGAUGAUGUGCUGGACAUGUAG